CUGAGGCUCAGGCCCCGCCCCUCGUGUCCUCGCGGUAUUCGGCGGCGUCAAUAAAGUUGCGGCCGUUUGACAUUUGCGGCGGACAAUAUGGCGGCUUCCAUGCUGGGCUCUCUGCUGCGGACCGUCCGACAGAUGGUUCCUUCAUCAGCUUCAGGCCAAGUUCGAAGUUACUAUGUGGACUGGAGAAUGUUACGUGAUGUGAAGAGAAGAAAAAUGGCCUACGAGUAUGCAGAUGAGAGGCUACGGAUCAAUUCUCUCAGGAAGAAUACCAUUUUGCCCAAAAACCUUCAGGACGUGGCUGAUGAAGAAAUCGCUGCCCUUCCCCGGGAUAGCUGUCCCGUUAGAAUCAGAAAUCGGUGCGUCAUGACGUCCCGUCCACGAGGUGUGAAGCGGCGCUGGAGGCUGAGUCGUAUCGUCUUCCGUCACUUGGCCGACCACGGGCAGCUGUCUGGGGUCCAGCGGGCAAUGUGGUGAUCGGCUCUGGAACCCACUGAGCUUUCGGGAAAACCAGUGCUGGCAAGAAGAGACUUUUCUAAUAGACAAAAACCUAGUUUUCUUGGGGAUCCAGAUUAGGAGUCUUCUCUACCUGAUGCUGUCUAUGGAUAAAUUACUUUUAAAUUUUAGAUGAAGAAAUUUGGAUGUUUCAUUCUGUCAGCGAAUUCUGGCUGUCAGUGAAUUACCUUUUGUCUUGGACUUAAUACAUUAAACGUACUGUUCCCAAGCAUAGUACAAAGAGUACAGUAAUAAAUGUUUCUGUGAAAAUA